UGUUUUCCUCUUGAAGAUUAUAUCGACGAUUGGCCUACUAAGCCAUCAUCAUUCACUGAUGUGGCGGAGUAUUGUACAAGUGUUCGAGGCUUAACAUUAAAAUUAUUAGGAGCUAUUUCAGAGAGUUUAGGUCUUAACAGAGACUACAUAGAAAAAGUACUUAGUAAUCAUAGUCAACAUAUGGCUAUAAAUUAUUAUCCCCCAUGUCCUGAACCAGAGCUUAUUUAUGGACUUCCUGGUCAUACUGAUCCCAAUGCUAUCACCAUCCUCCUUCAAGAUGAUGUUCCUGGAUUGCAAGUCCUUCGGGAUGAGAAAUGGAUCGCCGUUCAUCCUAUACCUAAUACGAUUAUUAUUAAUAUCGGUGAUCAAAUACAGGCUAUUAGUAAGGACAAGUAUAAAAGCGUUCUUCACCGGGCCGUUGUAAACUGCGACAAAGAGAGGUUUUCUAUCCCAACCUUUUGUUGUCCAUCUAAAGAAGCUGUGAUUGGACCGGCUUCUCAAUUGGUCGAUGACGAGCAUCUUUCACAUUAUAAGGAUUUCACUUACACUGAAUAUUUUGGAAAAUUUUGGAAUCAAAAACUGGGAACUGAAACUACUUUAGAUAUUUUUAAGACAACUUCUAAUGAUUAA